AUGAGGCUUUCGGUUGCGAUUGCUGCUCUUGCCACGCUCAUUACACCAGUCCUCGGAGUUGGUGAAUGGGGGCAAUGUGGAGGCAUCAACUAUACUGGCUCCAAGACCUGCGAUAGUGGGCUUGUCUGUGUUUAUAUCAACGACUGGUAUUACCAGUGCCAGAAGGGAGCUACCACCUCUAGCUCAACUCGAGCCACGAGCACGUCUAGCACGCGUUCUUCGUCUAGCACCUCCCGCUCCUCGUCUAGCACUUCUCGUUCCUCGUCUUCAUCCUCAAGCACGCCGUCUUCCAGUAGUGGAUCUUGCAGCAACCGAACCAAAUUCAAGUACUUUGGAGUGAACGAGAGCUCCGCCGAGUUUGGACAGACGAAAUGGCCGGGAGUUCUGGGUACCGACUAUACUUGGCCAAGCCCCUCCUCUGUGGACUAUUUCAUGGGCAAGGGUAUGAACACCUUCCGUAUCGCAUUCUUGAUGGAGCGCAUGUCGCCAAUCUCCACUGGCCUUACCGGCUCUUUCGACUCGACAUAUCUCAACGGACUCAAGACCAUCGUCAACUACAUCACCAACAAAGGAGGAUAUGCCAUUCUUGACCCACACAACUUUGCAAGAUACAACAACGCCAUCAUCACCCCAUCCCAGUUCCAAACUUGGUGGAAGAACAUGGCCUCGGAAUUUAGCUCAAACGCAAACGUCAUCUUUGAUUUGAACAACGAGCCACACGACAUGUCUGCUUCUGAUGCCGCCGCUCUCAUGCAGGCAGGAAUCAAUGGUGUUCGAGCCUCUGGAGCUAAGCAGCUUAUUCUUGUCGAGGGUACAUCUUGGAGUGGUGCAUGGACCUGGGUCUCCUCUGGCAACGGCGACGCCUUCAAGUCCAUUACCGAUCCGGUCAACAACUUUGCGAUUGAGAUGCAUCAGUAUCUUGACUCGGACGGCUCGGGUACUAGCGCAACUUGCGUCUCUUCUACCAUUGGUGUCGAGCGUCUUACUGCAGCCACGAACUGGCUCAAGGCCAACAAUCUCAAGGGCUUCCUCGGAGAAAUUGGCGCCGGAAGCAACGACGCUUGCAUUGCCGCAGUCAAGGGCGCUCUCUGCCACUUGCAGCAGCAGGGUGGAACCUGGAUUGGCGCCCUCUGGUGGGCUGCUGGACCAUGGUGGGGAGAUUACUUCCAGUCAAUCGAGCCCCCGUCGGGUGCUGCCAUCCCCCGUAUCCUCCCCGAGGCGCUUCUUCCUUACCUCUAA